AUGGCACAGCUUACUGUGCGGCUGCCACAGAGCUGUGACAGCGAUGGGCUCGCCCUCACUGGCCCUCAGUCACUUGUGCUGCGGCUUGGCAGUCCCCGCAUCUUUCGGGACGGGGAUAGUGUCGCCCAGCUGGGAUCGUUGGUCUACCGCACGGACGCAAUCAUUCGGAUGACGGCCAAGACAUUCACCACGUUUGAGCUCGUCAGCUUUGUACCAGUUGACUUAGAAGACGUUGAAAUCAUCAUGAGCUUCCAAGGAGGUCCGCAGAACGUCAGUGUCGCGCUCAUCGAAGACCUCCCCGCGCACACCAUCGUCGAGCUGGAGUAUGCCUUUGUGACUUACCCGGAAGGCCUCUUCGUCGCCCAAGACGGAACAGCACUCGACCUUGGAUCCAUGUAUGGCACAGGUGUUGCGACUGGGCAAGUGACUUUCGCCUACCGUGGUACCAGCACCAUCAUGCAGCGCCUCGAGCACCUGAAGAGCGUGCCAUGGGCCUUGCGCCUGUACGACUUUGAUGCAGGAAACAACCAUGAAAAUUGGAUUGACGACCCCGAGCCUCAACAUGCCCGCCUGUGGACCGCGCACAUUCUGAACGUGGCGUACCUGGUCACCCGCCCAAACUUUGCGGACCGAAUGGCAGCUGAGCCCAUCACUGAUAACCAAGGCACCUUGAUGAGCGCCGAAGCGAAGCGGGGCGUCCACGCGAGGCUGCUCUCGCCUCGAAGCUUCAACCUUGGCGUUGUCACCACAGUCUCCGGCCUCGGCGGUGGGAGCACGCUGGGCGUCGCCAGCUACGUCCUCAGGCACGACUUUUUCUACGGCCAACAAGAUGGGACGACUUAUCACGAACUCGGACACGUGCUCGGCUAUUCUCACGCCUCGACCAUGACAUACGGGAGCGAGGGGGGCAAAGCUGGAAAGGGGUUCACUCCCUUGGGCAUGGCAUUCGCCCGAGAGAUGGAGGUUGCGAAUGACAUCCUCAUCGAUCAGUCCAACUACGCGUUCCCCGACGACCACCAGAUCCGCUGCACUGGAGCAGGGUUCGAACAAGCUUGCUCAUGGUUCAUGCAGUGCACCGGACUCGCCUACGACGACGGGGAUGAGUACGGUUACUGCGAGUAA